AUGGCCAAGUUCAUGAUAAACGACAAUUUAUUGUUAAUGUAAUGUCAUGAAUUGUUACAAAACUAUUGUAGUAUCUUUAUAAUAGGUUAAAUAGUGUUACCUAUAUUUGUGUACAUAUUAAAUACACCAACGUAACCAAAUUUUAUGUCUCUUGUACUCAUGGAAACAAACAUACUUCAACUUUAAACCAUACAAAAAAGUCGUACGAUGAAAAACUAUAUGAGCAUUAACUACUUAUGUUUUAUACAUAACUUACUUGGAGAGAAGAACAUCAUCAUGUAGUACAAUUGAGUACAACGGGGUUUUGUCCCGCAUGGACCAGGUUUCAAAUGGACAUCUUUCACAACUUUCAUCGAUAAGCAAUGAAAGUAUUUCAUGUUUACACAAAAAGGCUACUAUUUCCAGCGAACACCGAUCAGUGCGAUGGAGACCAGAUGUAAAAACCGUUACUGAUAGUCUAGAUAUGACAUUAAUGGCUCUUUACAAUCAUUCGAGUAUGACAUUUCCCCAAACUAACGAGGUCUACUUACAAGAAAAAACGUUCACGUUAAGUUUACAAAAACAACAGAAAAAUAACCAGAAAUUUGAAAAAUUAUUUAGAAAUCAUCCAUUGAAAAAAGGCGGUUUAAUUGGCGUACGCAAAGAUGCCAAUAGCAUAAAGCUUGGGCAAGGCGGAAGCCAUAUUUCACAGACAAACCAUGGAUAUUCUAGAAAAGAAGAUGGAACAUUUUAUAAUUAUUAAAAAUAGUUUUUUUUUCCCAAAAAAUAAAAUUCUCUAAAAAAGGCAUAUCAAGAUAUAAGAGAUAUACCGGGAUUUAUAUUACAAUUAUUUUCGACACUUUAUUUGAUUUACAUUUAAGCACUUUUUCAUAAAAUACAUGAUGUUUGAAGAGCUUUUACAAUUUUAC